UCAAAAUCUUCUUAAUAAACUACCUCAAUACAAACAUUAGUGAGUAGGUCUCGAAAAAUAGUGUUCAAAGCCCUUAAAAUUCAAGAGGAUUACGUUUUGUUAAGGUUUUCGGGCCAGGUAACAUUUUGUUAGAUCUACAUAUAACAAAAUGGCCAAACUCAUGACAAACAAACAUAUAUCGACGAUAUGUUUUCUUUGUAUGGUGCUUAUUAUUAACUUACCGUCAUCAACAUUAGCUGCUACAACAGAAUUCAACGUGCUAAACUUUGGCGCGAAACCAAAUGGUUUAACUGACACGAGCAAGGCCUUCGUUAGUGCAUGGGAGGCCGCAUGCGAAACAAAUGGCCCCACGUCGAUUGUCGUACCUAAGGGGAGGUACUUACUCCACCCUGUUCAGUUAAGUGGCGUUGGCUGUAAAAGCGGUGGUAUAACCUUCUACAUUGAUGGAACCAUAGUGGCGCCUCUUGAUUAUCGCGUGCUCGGUGGCGUGGACCGGUGGGUCGGUUUUGAUAGGGUUGAUGGUGUUACAAUUGCUGGUCGUGGAUUUUUUGAUGCCAAAGGUGCCUCUUUGUGGGAUUGUAAGAAGGGCAAAAAUGGGGAUAAGUGUCCUCUAGGUGCAACGACUUUAACAUUUACCAGCUCCAACAACAUAGUGAUCAAAGGAAUUACUUCACUAAACAGCCAAUUGUAUCAUAUUGUGAUCAAUGUAUGUAAGAAUGUUCUAAUUGAAGACGUUAAGAUUAGAGCCGCAGGUAAUAGCCCUAACACUGAUGGCAUCCAUGUUCAAGUUUCUUCCGAGGUCACUAUCAUCAACACCAACGUUAAAACGGGAGAUGAUUGCGUCUCCAUUGGACCUGGCACGAAAAACUUGUGGAUUGAACGGAUCACGUGCGGCCCUAGUCAUGGUAUUAGCAUUGGGAGCCUAGCGAAGAGUAUGGACGAAGAAGGGGUACAAAAUGUGACAGUGAAGACGGCAGUGAUUUCAUACUCCACAACUGGUGUGAGAAUUAAGUCAUGGGGAAGACCGAGCAACGGCUUUGUUCAAGGGAUUGUUUUUCAGGAUAUCCUCAUGCGUUAUGUUUGGAAUCCGAUUAUCAUUGACCAAAAUUAUUGCCCCCAUAAUAUAAAUUGUCCUGGCAAGGAAUCGGGUGUAGAAGUAACUGACGUGAAGUAUGAACAUAUCAGAGGAAUAUCGUUAAGCGAAGUUGCUGUGAAACUCGAUUGCAGUGGUUCGAAUCCGUGCACCGGAAUUCAGCUCCAAAACAUCAAUCUCACAUAUGCCGAUAAGGAAGCUCAAUCAUAUUGCAAAAAUGCAGUUGGGGAGGUCAAAGGCUUGGUCACACCUCAGAGUUGCUUAAACUCAGAUACGGAUUUCCACUCCAUUCACUUGUCUGGAUGAUCAUAUAUUUCUUUUUUCUUCCUCAGAGAUGUGUGUAUGUAUAUUUAUACGUAGUACAGAGUAUAUGCGUUUAUAAAUUUAUUUUUUUUGGAAGAUUUGCAUGUAUGUACUGCCUUUAUUGGGUCGUUUUUUCGGAUAUCAGAUAUGUGUGGCAACACACAUAUAAGCUAAAAGAAAAAUAGCUAAAAGACAAAAAAGGAAGUACCAUUCAUGUUAAAAAA